AUGGCAACAGGCGGUACGGCGCCGCCCAUAGCAAUGACCAAUCACCCUCACUCGCUGCUCGACCAAGACAGCACGGUGUCGAGCCCUCUCAGUGAGGUCGAAGACAAGGAUGCGGAGCCCGAUGAAAUGGAUAUCGACGUGAACAGCAACCACUCCGACGGCGACGAGCCUCCCAAGCCUGAAAAUGGUCGCGCACACGACCCCGCCGCCCAGCCACCACACGACGACUCCGACUCCAACCUCUCAGAAAUCGAGACGAACGACUCCGAGGCCGAAACAGAGCGCCUAUAUGACACACCGCGCAAGAACAAUGCUCAAACAAGCGACUUAGUUUCGAGUGCCAAAAUCGACCCCAAACAAUCCCCCAGCAAAGCUGCCCGUCCCUUUCAGAGAAGCUCGAGCAAACUACAAGGCCAAACACAACCUGGCGUGAGAGUUGAGUCUGGGGGCGACGAUAAUGAUGGUCUCUCUGACGACCGUCAUGAUGCCGACGACGAAGACAAGGGCUCCACUGUCGACAGCGAAGCAGACUCUGAGAAAGAGGAAGGAGAAACACGGGGGAAGGUCUCACAAACUCAGCGCACCAAGUCGCAAGAGUCGCAUAUCAUUGCAAGCUCUACGCUUGCUGGUAGUGGUAGUGACAACUCCCUGGCAGACUCGAAGAAACGCAAAAGAUCACCUGUGAGAGACCGAUCCGUUUCCAACCAGCCACUACGGAAAAGGGCAGCCUCAAUUCCAGACCCAGGCGACGAGUCGUCUUCUCUUUCUAAGGUCGAGUCAGAAGACGUUGCUUUAAGCAACAUCACGGGAAACAAGAGCGCUGAGCAUACUGCCGAUGAGGAUGACGAAGAAACAGCAGCAAAAAACGCAGGAGACAUCGCGGACUCUGUCGAGAAACCGACGAAUGAGAUCGGCAAGCCUAAGAAGUCGAAACGCAGUACGAAGAAGCGAAAGGCCUCUUCAGAAACCGCCGAGGAGACACAUGAAGGGGAAGAACCGACCGCAACACCCAUCCAGACGGUCGAGGAUGAACAAGCCGAGGGUGGAAUCGACGAGGAAGCCGAGGCCGCCCAUAAAAAUGAGGAAGAAUUGGAGAAGAAACGGAGUGCUUUCGAUCAGCUCUCCUCAAUUGAGAAGAACUUUGCAGUUCUUAGGGAUCGACUAUACGAAGAGCGACUUGCGCAACUCAACGAAGAAGAAGCGAUGCUUACUAGCGACAAUCCGACCCACCCCGAAUACCUGGCCAUGAUGCACUGCAUUGACAGCCGCCGAGACGACAGGGUAAAAGUCGUUGAGCUCGAGUACAAGUUCAAUAUGGAGGCUCUGGACCGUUGGGCUGUGGCCCGGCGAGCGCAGAUUCUCUCUCAGUUCUUCCAGAGUGCGCGCGAAUUGAGAGAAAAGUACGUGGAUGAGCUUGGCAGACAAUGGUACGAGAUACAACAUGAGCGCCGGCGCAAUGCCAAUCCUAUACCAGACUACGGCUUCCGUUUCCCCAAAACGAAGGCAGAGCAGAAGAGGCACGCGAUUGCGCAAGGAAAGGAGACGUCUAUACUGGCUGGCAUCGCUCAGCACCAUGGGUUCCCAGCAGCGCCGGAUAUGCGGGGUGCAUCAUCAGCAGAGGUCGAGGAUGACUUUGAGGCAAUGGCUCGAGCGCGACAAGGGACACAUCCGGCGGCGGCGCAGCGCAUGCCAUUACAUGACUAUGCCGCCGCGGCACAAUUCGGACAAGCCCUCGGACCUGCGGGCCAAGAAUACAUCGAAAGCCACGCAUGGGCGAAUCCAAAACAUCCCUCUCAUGGCGCAACCUCCCGGCGUCAGUCACAUGGUGCUGCGUAUGCUGGCCCUCCAGCCUUGAUGGGCCACGCGAGGGCAUCGCACCAACCCGCAGGCGGAAUGUGGUUUGCCAAUGGUCAAUUGAACGGCGAUGCCAACCAGAGACAUCCUACCAUUACGGCGGAUGCGGAGCCAGCGCACCCACGUCGAGUGGUAGAGACGGUCAAAUCCAAGCGCGAGGCGGUCGCAUGA